UUGGAGGGAGCAGGGCCCACGCCAGAGAGAAGGAGGAGGGAAUUCGGGCUGGACGCUGUGUCCGCGCUGGUGUGGGCCGCCAUGUUGAAACCUGGCAGACGGGAAGACCUUCUGGAGUUGUGUGAGGGGAGCGGGGACGAGCGCUGGGUUAGAGGGUGGCCCCUUCCUUCCGGCGUCCCCCAAGAAAGUGAGGGGCCAGGGCGCUAGCUUCACUGGCUGGCGAACAACCUGAAGGCUGGAUUGGGAGUAGAGGUUUUUUCAGAGAGACGUCUGUCUUUGCGUCGGAGGCGCACUGCGCAUGCCCGGUGGCGGUUUUUUGGGGGAGGCCUUUGGGUCCCGCCUUCAGUUUUGUUUCCCGCUUGGGUGAACAUCACGGGAAAGUGUUAUUCCGAAGACCCAGUAAGGGCAGAGUUAAAAAGAAAAAAACCAAACAACUUUUAUUUGUUAAUAAUUUAUAAUUACAAAGCACUUUUAUAGACACCAAAUUAUCUGAUCUUCAUAAAAACAUCGUUAACUGUAGUAGCUACACUUCACAGAACAUGAACGACUGGGUGCCCAUCGCCAAGGAGUAUGAUCCGCUCAAAGCUGGCAGCAUCGACGGCACGGAUGAAGACCCACACGAUCGGGCGGUCUGGCGGGCGAUGCUGGCACGAUACGUCCCCAACAAAGGCGUCACAGGAGACCCCCUUCUCACCUUGUUUGUGGCAAGACUAAACUUGCAGACCAAAGAGGACAAAUUAAAGGAAGUCUUUUCCCGCUAUGGUGACAUCCGGCGGCUUCGGCUGGUGAGGGACUUCGUCACCGGCUUUUCCAAGGGCUAUGCCUUCAUAGAGUACAAGGAGGAGCGUGCCGUGAUCAAAGCCUACCGAGAUGCAGACGGCCUGGUUAUUGACCAGCAUGAGAUAUUUGUGGACUAUGAACUGGAAAGGACUCUCAAAGGGUGGAUCCCUCGGCGACUUGGAGGCGGUCUGGGGGGGAAAAAGGAAUCAGGGCAGCUGAGAUUUGGGGGGCGGGAUCGACCUUUCCGAAAACCUAUUAAUUUGCCAGUUGUUAAAAAUGACCUUUAUAGGGAGGGAAAAAGGGAAAGAAGGGAGAGAUCUCGAUCCCGAGAAAGACACUGGGACUCAAGGACAAGAGACAGAGACCACGACAGGGGCCGGGAGAAGAGGUGGCAAGAAAGAGAGCCCCCCAGGGUGUGGCCCGAAAAUGAUUGGGACAGAGAGAGGGACUUCAGAGAAGACAGGAUCAAGGGGAGGGAGAAGAAGGAUAGAAGCAAGUAGGGGAACAGACAGAACAACAGACCCCUAAGUGAAGAUACAGCAUAAGUAAAAGCGUUGGGUACUUGUCUUUAUAAACAGAGUGAGUCUAAUGGUUGAAUAAAACUUACUGAUGAUAA